AUGCAUGCGAUUUUCUCUCGCAGGGUCUUCGUCGUUGGUUCUUCUUCUUCUUCUUCUUCUUCUUCUUCUCUUCUGACCAAACUGGUGAAGAAGCAGCCAAGCCAGAGUCGCCGCCAUUUCCUGAGCCAUCUUCCUCCUUCUUGCCUCAGCUCAUCUUCUUCUUCUUUGAUCAAUCGUCGCUUUGUUCCUUCUCUAUCGCGAUCGGAGAAAGUUCAUGGCUUCUUCACAAGCACGUUCGGAAACACCAAUCUAAAGCUCAAAAUCGGGAAUGUUUUGGAAUCUAGAGUUGGGUUCUUCAGUUCUGAGCUUCCUAGUGUUGGAUUCGAGUCUAAGGGUUUUACUGGGUUUCAAAAGCGUGGAUGGAAGUCUUGGUUUAAUGGAGCUAAUGGUGUAGUUUUUGGGUUGAUCAUAGCGAAUGCUGCUGUAUUUACAAUGUGGUGGGUUUCAGGCGAGGACAGAGAGUGGAUGCUAUCGACGUACAGUUUUGCGUCUGGACGUAUACACACGCUCAUAACUUCGGGCUUUAGUCAUAUUGGAACCAGUCAUAUCAUCUUCAACAUGAUUGGAAUCUACUACUUCGGAACCAGAAUUGCAAGAACCUUGGGGCCGUUCUACCUUUUGAAGCUGUACUUUGCUGGAGCACUUGGUGGCUCCAUUUUCUUCUUGACACCGCAUGCUAUCUUGGCUACACUCAAGGGUGAAGGAGUUGUCAUUGAGGAUCAAUCAAACCUCCCCAUUUCGCAGCUGGGUGCUGAAGGACCUGUGUAUGCCAUCACGCUGCUCGAUAUGUUUCUCUACCCAAAAGUUACUACAUACUUUGGGUUGAUGCUCCGAGCGCCUGUAAUGACUGGAAUUUUACACUUAGGACUCAACAUGUUACCGAUUCUGGAGGGGGAAAUUAACAGUAUGGCAUCAAGCUCGGGUCAGAUGGGAGGAGUUGUGGUUGCAGCGAUGGCGUGGGCAAGGAUAAGGAAAGGCCGAUUCUGA